GGAGUGUGAGUGGUGAACCCUGGAGUCUGGAUCAGUAUUCAGUAAUGGCCCAGAGCUGGCCAGGGCAGGACGUGUCUAUCGCGCGCUCUCCUCCAUCCCACUCUACUCCACACACCAACGAGGCAUCCUGACCAUCCACCUCCGCUGAUUAAGCCUUUGAGACGCGCUUGGUCAAGAGACUCCACACUUGAAGACCGCAGCGGCUCCUGUAGUCCACUCCAUACAUCGAAACCACGAGCCUAUUGUAUUCUGCAUCCAUAGAGAUAAAUGGUGUCUACGUAGCAAAUGUCCUCACUAGUCCCAGAAGCAGGACAAGGUGACAGUACACCAACAGACGAAAUACUGAGAACGACUUUAUAGAAAGUAUUUGAAAGUUUUAAAAUACAGGAUUUUCAACGGGUUUAUAUGGACCAACAUGGAACAGUAAGCCAACGGUAGCUACAGCCACUCACACAGUACCAGAGCCCUAAGUUAAGUGGAAGCCGAAAUAUUCCAGCACUUGCAAGUGUAGUUGAAACCUGGACAGAAGUGCACCCACCAGAGGGCGGGACGUCCACACGGGUGGUACUCCGGAAGCAUGCGCUUGUCGCGGUGGUGUAGCAGUGCGGUGGGCGCGUCGCUGCUGUUAGCGGUGAUGGGCGUGCGGGCGGUGAUGGGCGUGCGGAGCAUGGUGCGAGGCAGCCAGGCGCGGGACGUGGCCCUCGGCAGCAACACCCUACAAGGCCUACAGAGCAUGUGGCACAAGGACAGUCAGGAGGAGGAGCGAGCUGUAGUGUAUAACCCAAGAGACACCUUCCGCGCCUUCAUCCUCAACUCGGAGCGCCAAAAGAAGACUCGCAAGCGCAAAAACAGAAAUAAAAAGAAAAAGAACCAAAUUCCUUUGCCCAAGGAGGGGCCUGAAGGUCCUCCCGGGCGCCGGGGUCCCCAAGGGCCCCCUGGACCACCCGGGGGAACUCUCACCACACAAGAGAUGGAGGAAUACAUUAAGGACUUCCUCAGAGACUUCCUGCAGCAGAACAAAACGUUGAACGAGGUUAGUGUGUCUGAAGAAGACGAGGGAGCCGACAGGGCGAGCAGAAUGCGUGUGAAGGCGGCCUUCACUGCCACACUCCCGCAGCCCACGCUCCUCAAACCCUCUUCUCUCUCCGUCGUCGACUCCUUUACCAUAACGUUCUCGCCCGGAGUGUUUGAGCGGAGGAUGGUGGUGGAGCACGGCGGCUUCACCGUCACCAAGAAGGGCAUCUACCAGGUGACAGCCUCACUGGUGCUCCAGCCACGAGGCAGACCCAACACCCCCCUCAGGCCGCUCAAGGAUAUCAGCGUCUACCUCUGUAUCACCAACUGUACCAAAAACAGUCGACGGCUGGAGUGGUCAGGCGCGCUGGGCGAGGGGUCCGUCACGGCCGUGCUGGCUGGCCACCUCCUCCUGCUACGGGGAGACACGCUUCUCCUCGCUGUUGACAACCGCACCAAGAGGCCGCUGCAGGUGGGAACAGGCUCCAGCUUCUCUGCAGCGCUGAUUGGAACAUAGGUGCCGGAGGGCAGGGGUAAGCGGCGACGCGCUGAACCCUGUCUAACUUCCGACAUAUCAAACAUAGACAACAAAAAUAGUGUACAAUAAUAAAUAAUAAACUAAUGGAUGAGUGAAUAUUCGUGUGAAAAGCAGUCUCAAUGGUACUUUUUAAACUUUUCCAGUGCAAAAGUUAGUCAAGAACAAUAUUCUGUGGUAAAAGUUGGUAUCGUUUGACUUUCGUGGCAGCGAGAUACAAGCAGCAAGUCGUUGUUCAUAAGAGAAACGCUAAUUCUUCAAGAGAGAACAGCCGAGGGGGCCGAGUGAAAAACCGCCCUGAAGUCCCCCUUAGGGAUGAGCUCGAGUCAACCAGCCACUAGACCACACGAUGACAUCAUUUGCUGACAUCCUGACUGGAUAUAGAGUGUUUCUGGUUGUAUGUUGCGUGUGUACUCACCUAGUUGUGCUUACGGAGGUUGAGCUCUGGCUCUUUAGGACCGCCACUCCAUUGUGUGUGUGUGUAUGUGUGUACAAUAAAUAUUUUAAGUAUAUUGAUAUAAAGUGACAAUAGCCGUGCCUGCUAAACUAGUUUUCCGGGACACUUGGAUGGUGUUACUAAAUAUAUAAGACAAUAGUUGGUUAGAGAGAGAGAGAGAGAGAGAGAGAGAGAGAGAGAGAGAGAGAGAGAGAGAGAGAGAGAGAGAGAGAGAGAGAGAGAGAGAGAGAGAGAGAGAAGUAUGGGUAAUGUGCCUCGGUUAUUUAAGUUAUACAAGAGGCUAUACUUUGGUGACUUGGAAAUGUACAUAUUUAUUUUGUGUCUUGUCGACAACAUAAGAGUAGCGUGUGCUAAUCCUGGCAAAAGAAGUUCCAUAACAUUGUUAAUUAUAGUAUGCGACAGCGAGCACUAAGAAAACUUGUGAUUACAUUAUUAUAUAUUUUAUGUAUAUCCCAAAUUUGUGUGUAAAUAUCAGACAGGGUUUGCAUAUUGUCUAUUUUUUUCCCCCAAUAUCGUAAUAGUUCGCUUAAAAAUGGUUCACUUCGUAAUAGUUCGGUGAAUGGAAGAAUUCGCUUGUUUCAAAAGGUGUGUUAACUUCUCUCGUUUGGGCCUUGGUCCCGAUUUUAAUUGUGUUCUUAAUUUACGAAGGGUUAUUGUACAUUGUCAUCAAAUUAAGUUUAAAAGCUUGACCCCACUUAAGGUUAGGAGUUCAAUUAGAGUUUGAAUUUCGUUCAAUUUCAAGUUCAAUUUCGCUGAGUCACAAAUUUUAAAUUUCAUCACAGAGUUCAAUUUCGCUUUACCCUAAUUAGGUGACCGUGAAGAAGCUGGCUGAGAGCUUUAUCCCAAUUUACAAGGUUUGGAAGUUUCUCCUUAAAGAUAGGUUAGGAUGCCUCGUUUAUUUAAAAAUUAUAUGGCCAUUCACAUUCCUACGAGGUCUCCAUUCUCAAUAGGUAUGGACUACCUCCUUUCUUUCAGAGGUGUGGGACUAUCCUCUUCCAUCGAGAGAGAUUGGACAUAGUACAAAAUCUUAACAACAAUACAUAGACACCCAGUAGAUGGUAGACAUUAAUUGAGAUGAGGUUUAGCCCGUUAGGGUUUCACCAAAUCCAAUAUACACAGGCCAGCUAAUUAUCACGGGAAAAGAUGGUAUGAAGGCGGGGGAUGAGGCUAUAAAUUGAUCAACGUUGAUCGUCUGUUGAUUAAACAUUACUCAAGUAUGUUUAGCCAGAUCCAAGUUGAAAGAUCAAGUAUGCCACAAUUUACAUUUUCUUCGAGUCAGUUUAGCAAGUGGGAAAGCAAAAGUUUACCCCACUUGCUGAUUCAAAUAGUCUAUUUGAAAACUGAUUCAUAUAGGAUAUUUGAAUCCGGGGUGCUACCUAAAGUUAGUGGUUCUACCUUAAAGCUGAUUUAAAAAUAAAUUGUGACGUACCUGAUCUCUUAACUUCCCGCUUUUUUUCCACCAUCAUUUUACCUUAUUUUCCCUGCGUAAGCAACUAGCCAGUGUAAUUAACUGUUAAGUUUUAUCACGGUCUUACAUGCGAAGCCUAUCAAAUAUACCCUAUUCUCAACUUUGUGAUUGUCAACUUUUAAAAAGUAUUAACCAUCCCAAUUCUUUUUAAUCAAAGCGAGAGACAUAGUUCAUAUCACUGGUGAAGGAUGUAUCAUGCCUUAUCUAUAUUUGAAAUUAAACCAACAUCAUCCACAUUUCAAAAUAUAACAUACUAUACGGACCUUCCUAACUUGUAAAGUUACUCUGGGAGUAGACCCAAUAUAAUUACACGUUUUUGUGACUCAAAUCACGGGCAUCUCGUCAUUACUUUGGACAACAUAAGAUACAAGUAUCAUGCAUAAUACAAUUUUGUAUCUCAUGGAGAAAGUUGCCAGUUAUGUCCUCUCACCCCCUCCUCCCCCCCAAAAAAACUUAAGUUCAAGUGGGGGGGGGGAGAAUGUGUUAUUCACCUCCCCCCCCCCCACACACACACCCAUACACACACAACACCCACACACCACCCACCCACACAACACACACCCACACCCACAUUCCCUGUGGGUGUUCUUGUGUGCUACCACACCACCAUUCUCUGGCCCAAUACCAAGCAAUAAUAAACACGCAGCUUUAUGCGUGUUAGUACAAAAUUGCGUUACAAGUGUAUCCUGUCGAUAGAAGCGUCAGUCCACCGAAUUAUGUACAGUGAAGUAUGGUAAGAGAGUACAAUGUAAGUUAGCCUAGUCCUCGCUGUGUUGUCAUGGUGUUCGUACAUUCCAGGGACGUAGCCACUUUGCUGAAGGUGUAGCACUUUAAGCAAGACAUUUUCAUUUUCCAUGUUCUCCAGCAUUAUCUUUGUGUAAAUAAAGUAUUUGAAGAUAUAAGAAACUAUUAA